AUGAGUCCUCCAAAACAAACAAAAUUAAUGAAGCUCGUUUGCAAAAAUUCACAGCAAAUACGGUCACGUUUUACAAACUCGACCUGGAUUAAAAAAGAUCCUCAAUCAAAUAAAAAACAAUUGGUUAUAAGUAAAGUUGGAGAAAAAUUUCGAAAAAAAUUAACAAAAUUAAGUGUUGAAAAAGAGUGGGGCUUAGUUCGGAGGGAAUGGAGAGUGACAAACGAAGUUCCAUUGGAUAAACGUCGUACACAAUGCUUAUGUGGGAAACCAAAUUUAAUAAAUGUAACAAAUCUAAAAAAUAUCAAAAAUGAUAUUAUUGUCACAGCUGGGAACUGUUGUAUAGAACAACUUAAGUGGUAA